CUGCUGCGCCGCGGCUCGAGCAGCGCCGCGCCCCCGCUGCCGGAGCAGCCGCUCCGCCGCCGGCCCCGCGCUCCGCCGGCAUGAUCUCCUGAGGGGCCGAGCCCGCCCCCGCCCCGCUCCAGCAAACUGGAUUGAAUUACAACUGAAUUGAAUGCACUUCUCCAGCACCUUCCCUCAGGGAUCUAAACCAAUUUUCUCACCAUUGCUAAAUGCUGAACUUCCCCUGUACCCUCACAGACAUCCUCUGCAGCUGAGGCUCUGAAAUACUGGAGGACACUGCAUCUUCCUCAGGGACACGGGCAAGGGAGAGCUGGAGCCUCUGGGGGGCUCGGACAGGAAUUGUGGUUGGUGGUCGCCUGAGGAACUUACCUUCACCCCAAUGUUGCUCUGAAACAAGUCGUGUCCAACAGUCAGGUUUGGUAAGCACAUGGGUAUUGACUUCCUUCAUAUGACUGAACCAGCACUAUAAUAUUGUUGAGAAAAGUACAGCAGCAAUAUAACACCUGUGUUUGGUGUCAGUGGAGGAGCAGAGAAAAGAAGUCAAGACUUUCUUAAAAGCCUCUAAAAUAAAUCACAAUGCAGAUGCCUCAGGAACAGUACCCGCACCGGAGCACCAUGCAGACCUCGGAAGGACCCCAGGUAUACAAAGUGGGGAUUUAUGGCUGGAGGAAGAGGUGCCUCUAUUUCUUUGUGCUGCUCCUAAUGAUUUUAAUCCUGGUGAACCUUGCUAUGACCAUCUGGAUUCUGAAGGUUAUGAACUUCACAAUUGAUGGAAUGGGGAACCUGAGGAUCACAGAAAAGGGUCUGAAGCUUGAAGGAGAUUCAGAAUUCUUGAAACCUCUCUACGCCAAAGAAAUCCGAUCAAGACCAGGCAACCCACUGUACUUCCAGUCCGCCAGGAACGUGACCGUGAACAUCCUCAACGAGAAGACAAAAGUCCUCACUCGCCUUGUAACAGGUCCCCAAGCAGUGGAAGCGCACAGCCAAAAAUUUGAGGUGAAAACCCUCUCUGGAAAAUUGCUGUUUUCUGCAGAUGACAACGAAGUGGUGGUUGGAGCAGAGAGACUGAGAGUUCUAGGAGCAGAAGGCACAGUGUUCCCUAAAUCUAUAGAAACUCCCAAUGUCAGGGCAGACCCCUUCAAGGAACUAAGGCUGGAGUCGCCCACGCGCGCGCUGGUGAUGGAGGCUCCCAAGGGCAUCGAGAUCAACGCCGAGGCCGGCAGCCUGAAGGCCACGUGCAGGACAGAGCUCAGGCUGGAAUCCAAAGAUGGAGAGAUAACGUUGAAUUCUGCAAAAAUCAAACUACCUAACUUGCCUCAAGGAUCUUCCUCUUCUGCAGGGUCCAGGCAAAAAAUCUACGAGCUCUGUGUGUGUCCCAACGGGAGGCUGUUCCUGUCUCAGGCAGGCAGCAGCUCCACCUGCCAGAUAAACACGAGCGUCUGCCUUUGAGAGACAAUUUGCAGAGGGGCAUCACAGGCAGCACAAAAGCCAGUUCUGGUCUCACAGAUCCAGCUGCCAACUAUUUUUACUAGAACACAGAAAGCCUAUCAAAGACUUUUUUUUUGUGUGUGCGCGCGCGUGUGUGUGAAUAUAUAUAUAAAAAAUAUAUAUAAGAUAUAUAUAUAUAUAUCCUCUGUGUAAAAUGAUGUUUCAGUACAAGGAAUCCCAGGGUGACCCUGUUACAUUUGUGUAGCAUUUCUCUUUCCCACACCAAAAUUUACUGGUACAAUCUGCUGAAUUGGAUCUGAUGCUCCCCUGGACCCUUCUGUAUUAAGACAGUGCAAUGAUCACCCCUCGUUUUUGAUCAUGUUCUCAGAGCAAUGGGAUUGCUGGCUGGGCAAGACCCUGGAACCAGUGCAGAGCCACCACCAUCCAAAGGGAAGAGAAGCAUCUCUGAUUAUUUUUGGGCCAUUAAAUCGGUGGCAUGAAAAAGAAAUAGUUGUAAAAACAACAAAACAGCCAGAUGUGCUGUGCUGAUCACCUACAGUGAUCCAAGAUACCUGAGAUUUCUCUUUAAUUGUCACCUGAAGCAUGGCUCCCUCUUGGGAGAGAUGGAUGCACUUGGCCAGUAGGAAAGUCCAGACCUUCUUGAAAUAAUAAAUAUGAUUUUUCUGAAGGGGUUCAACACUGGCCUGUGCAUGGCCAAGGAUGCCUUGUGCUAUUCAGGUGUGACACGUCAGGUCCAACAUUAACUUAAAAUCAUCUCUGUUCUGGCAAAACUGGUGUUGUACUUGGUUAUUGGAAGGAACAAAAUUGUGAAAGUCGAACUAAGUAGAAAAAUUCUGAACCUCUUUUGCUAACAGGUGUCCUGGAUCGCCCUACAAACUCCCCAUUAACACCUUCAACUUUGAACACAUUUGGUGUGAAGAUUUA